AUGACGACUAAGCGCCCUGGCUUCGAUCUCGGCUUUUGGGAGAAAGCCGAUCUCCCCUUCGUGCACCUAUCGGUCUUCGCCAGCAUGGUGUACCAUGCCAUCGCUGGCGUCUUCCGCGGAAAGGCCAGUCCCAGGCGCUACGACCACUUUAUCAUGACCAAUGUUAUCAGGAAGCUCGUCAGCCGCACUUCGGAUCGACAGAAGCAGUACGUUUAUGGCCCAACUACUGGCACCUAUGAGACUGUCAUGAAGAAGCAUGGCUUGAACCCUGAAACAGUGCCCCUUGCAUAUGGUGCGGAGGGCCUAUGGAUCGGAAAUAAAAAUGCCAAGAACGUGAUCAUCUACUAUCACGGCGGUGGUUUCGCAGUGCCUGCGAUUCCCGCGUAUUUCGACUUUUGGCUCGAGGUGAUUCGUGCCCUGAACGAGAACGGCCACGACCUGGCUGUCUUCUUCCCGCAAUACACUCUCACCCCACACGCCGUGUACCCGACUCAGCUCCGCCAGGCAGUCGAGGCGCUGCGGUAUAUCAUCAACGAGACUGGUCGGUCCCCGGCCAAUGUGAUCAUCGGAGGUGACUCGGCUGGUGGUAACCUAGCGUCUGCGACCCUGCUGCACCUCUCGCAUCCGCACCCGGAGAUCGAUCCCCUGGAGCUUUCGGCACCGCUAGCGGGUGUAUUUGCUUACGCGCCGUGGGUCAGCUUUAGCACCGAGUGGCCCUCCAUGAAGGAGAAUGAGUGGAAGGAUAUCAUUACACCUAGUCUUUUGAAGCACUGGGCUAAUGUUUACCGGGGUGAUAAGGCUGCUGAUAAUUGGAAUGAGCCAAUUAAUGCGCCUGCUAAGUGGUGGGCUGACGUCAAGACGGAGCGGAUUCUCAUCUUGGCUGGUGGCGAUGAGAUUCUGCUUUCGCCUAUUGAGGAGUAUGCCAAAAAGAUCAAGUCUGUUUUCCCGGAGACUACUUAUGUGGUUGGGGCUGAUGAGUCGCAUGAUGCGCCUUUCUACGUUUCUGCCAAUAAAGAAACACAAACUGGCGUUGAGUUGCGACAGUGGCUGGCUUCUCGUUUGUAA